CAGCAAAAACCCCUUGAUCACUCUCUUCCUCUCUCGCAAAACCCUAAUUUCAGAGAUCCAAUGGCGCUGCAACAGUUCGGGCGGACGAAGAGCGUGACGAAGCGGUCGAGCAAGUACUUGGAGGAGGCUCUGUACCUGAGGCUGUUCAAAGACGGCGGCUCCGAGGUGAGCGUUCGGCAGCAGCUCAAUGAAGUCCUCAAGAGCCGCAAGCGAGUUUACAAAUGGGAGGUCGGCGACACUCUCAAGAAGCUUCGCGAACGCAAGCUUUACUACCCUGCUCUCAAGCUCUCGGAAGCUAUGGAUAGAAGAGGAAUGAACAAGACGGUCAGUGAUCAGGCAAUACAUCUUGAUCUUGUUGCUAAAGUCCGAGGUAUUCCUGCUGCGGAAAGUUAUUUCAUUGAUCUUCCUGAAUCAGCAAAGACCCAUCUUUGUUACGGGGCCCUGCUCAACUGUUACUGUAAGGAAUUGAUGACUGAAAAAGCGGAAGCCCUUAUAGAAAAGAUGAAGGCUCUUAACCUACCUUUAACCUCCAUGCCUUAUAACAGCCUUAUGACCCUUUACACAAAAACUGGAAAGCCGGAUAAGAUCCCAGCCAUCGUACAAGAAAUGAAGGCCUGUAAUGUCAUGCUUGAUUCCUAUUCAUACAAUGUUUGGAUGCGGGCACUGGCUGCUGUUAAUGAUAUUUCUGGGGCUGAAAGGGUUAUUGAUGAGAUGAAGAGGGAUGGUCGAGUUGCCAGUGAUUGGACCACGUAUAGCAACAUAGCUUCAAUUUUUGUUGAAGCUGGCAUGUUUGAGAAGGCAGAAAAUGCGCUUAAAGAAUUGGAGAAGAAAAAUUUGCACCGAGAUCUUUCGGCUUUCCAAUUCCUCAUUACAUUGUAUGGUAAAACAGGGAACCUGCGUGAAAUUUAUCGGGUAUGGCGUUCCUUGAGGCUGGCUUUCCCUAAAACUGCAAAUAUCAGCUAUCUGAAUAUGAUCCAGGUGUUGGUCAACUUGAAUGAUGUACCAGGUGCAGAGAAAACUUUCAGGGAAUGGGAAUGCCAGUGCUCAACCUAUGAUAUUCGGGUAGCAAAUGUUUUGAUUGGAGCUUAUGCUGAACAGGGUAUGCUAGAGAAGGCCAAGGAACUCAAGGAGCUGGCGCGCAGGAGAGGAGCCAAGCCUAAUGCAAAAACCUGCGAGAUCUUUCUGGAUUAUUAUCUGAAGUCUGGAGACUAUCAAUUGGCGGUUGAUUGUGUUGCCAAUGCAAUAUCCAUUGGUAGGGGGGAUGGUAGGAAGUGGAGUCCGUCACAUAAGAUUGUCAAAACUUUGAUGGAGAUUUUCGAGCAAGAGAAGGAUGUUGAUGGUGCAGAAGGUUUUCUGGAGACUCUGAAGAAGUCCGUAGAAUCCUUAGGGGUUGAGGUGUUUGAAUCAUUGAUCAGAACUUAUGCUGCUGCUGGAAGGACAAGUCCUGCUAUGCGUGCUCGUUUGAGAAUGGAGAAAUUGGAGGUGAGUGAAGCCAGUGAAAAGUUGCUCGAGGCCGUAUGUGUGGAAUGAGAUUUGGUUAUCUUCCCAUAUAUGUAUUUUCUUCAGACUAUUUCGAGAAAACGAGUUUCCUUGGUCUUGCCUAGGGGUUUAUGUUCUGAUAAUAAAACGUUCCUUUGUGCACCAUAACAAGCAAUCAUAUGAUUAUUGUUGUAGUUUUGAUACUGAA